GUACAUGACUGAUGGUGGGCUGGGCCUUUACACUCGAAGAUUAAAUAGACUUCCUGAUGGGAUGGCUGUUGUCCGGGAAACUCUGCAACGCAACACCUCACUGGGCCUGGGGGAUGCUGACAGCUGGGAUGACAGCAGUUCUGUCAGCAGUGGAAUCAGUGACACCAUAGAUAACCUCAGCACGGAUGACAUUAACACCAGCUCCUCUAUCAGUUCUUAUGCAAACACACCUGCAUCAUCUCGUAAGAAUCUGGAUUCCCAGACGGAUGCUGAAAAGCAUUCCCAGGUAGAGCGGAAUUCCUUGUGGUCUGGUGACGAAAUCAAGAAAUCAGAUGGGGGCUCAGACAGUGGUGUGAAAAUGGAGCCUGGCUCUAAGUGGAGACGGAAUCCCUCUGAUGUGUCUGAUGAAUCUGAUAAAAGCACUUCUGGGAGGAAGAAUACAGUCAUUUCACAGACAGGCUCCUGGAGACGGGGCAUGUCAGCUCAAGUUGGCAUUACCGCACCAAGGACAAAAACGUCAGCCACCUCAGGAACUUUGAAGACACCUGGAACAGGGAAAACUGACGAUGCCAAGGUAUCAGAAAAGGGUAGAAUUUCUCCUAAAUCUGGACAUGUUAAACGUUCUCCAUCAGAUGCAGGACGUAGCAGUGGUGAUGAAUCAAAAAAACCUCCUGCAAACAACUCUAGAACAGCUGCUGCCAAUACAAAUACGUUUGGAUUUAAAAAACAGAGUGGGUCAGCUUUAGGAAUGUCCAUGAUCACAGCCAGUGGUGCAACUAUCACAAGUAGAUCUGCUACUCUUGGCAAAAUCCCCAAGUCAUCUGGACUUAUGGGUAGAUCAACUGGUCGGAAGACUAGUGUUGAUGGCUCACAGAAUCAGGAUGAUGGUUACUUAGCCCUUAAUACCCGAACCAAUCUUCAGUACCGAAGCUUACCUAGGCCAAGCAAAUCCAGCAGCAGAAGUGGAGCUGGUAAUAGAUCUAGCACCAGCAGCAUAGAUUCUAACAUAAGCAGCAAGUCAGCAGGCUUGCCUGUUCCCAAAAUGCGAGAGCCAGCAAAAGUUGCCCUCGGAAGUUCUCUGCCAGGCUUAGUCAACCAAACAGAUAAAGAAAAAGGAAUCUCAUCGGACAAUGAAAGUGUGGUCUCUUGUAACUCCGUUAAAGUCACCCCCGCAUCUCAGGCAGCUUCCAGUGCAUCCCAGAGUGCUCACCAGCAAGGAGUCAAGUACCCAGAUGUGGCCUCCCCCACUCUACGCAGACUUUUCGGUGGAAAGCCAAGUAAACAAGCUCCCAUCACAACGGCAGAAAGCAUGAAAAAUUCCGUGGUCAUCUCCAACCCACACGCAACCAUGAAUCAGCAGGGGAACCCAGAUUCUCCUUCGGGCAGUGGCAUUCUGAGCAGUGGCAGUAGUAGUCCCCUUUACAGUAAAAAUAUAGACAUGAACCCGUCUCCACUAGCAUCUAGUCCCAGUUCAGCUCAUUCGGCUCCUUCCAACAGCUUAACCUGGGGUACUAAUGCCAGUAGCUCUUCUGCCAUUAGCAAAGAUGGCAUUGGAUACCAGUCUGUCAGCAGCCUGCAUACCAGUUGUGAAUCCAUUGAUAUAUCUCUCAGCAGUGGAGGUGGGCUGAGCCAUAACUCUUCCAGUGGCCUGAUGGCAGCUUCUAAGGACGACUCAUUGACUCCCUUUGUUAGAACCAACAGUGUUAAGACGACAUUGUCAGAAAGCCCUCUCUCUUCCCCUGCUGCUAGUCCCAAAUUCUGCCGAAAUACCUUACCCAGGAGGCAGGACAGCGACCCUCACCUUGAUAGGAACACUUUGCCUAAGAAAGGACUCAGGUACACUCCGUCAUCACAACUUCGUAAUCAAGAAGAGGCAAAAGAAUGGCUGCGUUCACACUCUGCAGGAGGUCUUCAGGAUACUGUUGUCAAUUCUCCAUUUUCUUCUGGUUCCAGCAUAACAUCACCUUCUGGCACUAGAUUUAACUUCUCCCAACUUGCAAGUCCCACCACAGCAGCCCAGAUGAGCUUGUCAAAUCCAACCAUGCUACGGACACACAGUCUUUCUAAUGCGGAUGGCCCUUAUGAUCCUUACAGUGACACCCGGUUCCGGAACAGCUCGGUGUCACUGGAUGAAAAGAGCAGAGCAAUGAGCCGUUCUGGGUCAUUCCGGGACGGCUUUGAAGAGGUGCAUGGCUCCUCUCUCUCUCUGGUUUCCAGCACAUCCUCUAUUUAUUCAACGCCCGAAGAAAAGUGUCAGUCAGAGAUUCGCAAGCUAAGGAGGGAGUUGGAUGCAUCUCAGGAGAAAGUCUCAGCUCUGACGACACAGUUGACUGCCAAUGCUCACCUUGUGGCGGCGUUUGAGCAGAGCUUGGGGAACAUGACCAUUCGACUGCAAAGCCUAACUAUGACAGCCGAACAGAAGGAUUCAGAACUGAACGAGUUAAGAAAAACCAUCGAGCUACUGAAGAAACAAAAUGCUGCUGCUCAGGCUGCCAUUAAUGGAGUAAUUAACACACCUGAGCUCACCUGCAAAGGAAGUGGGACCGCUCAAACCACCGAUUUGCGAAUCAGAAGACAGCAUUCUUCAGACAGUGUGUCUAGCAUUAAUAGCGCUACCAGCCAUUCCAGCGUGGGAAGCAACAUAGAAUGUGACUCCAAGAAAAAGAAAAGAAAAAACUGGGUCAAUGAGUUGCGUAGCUCCUUCAAGCAAGCUUUUGGUAAAAAGAAGUCUCCCAAGUCAGCAUCUUCUCAUUCAGAUAUUGAGGAGAUGACAGAUUGUUCCCUGCCUUCGUCACCAAAACUGCCUCACAACGGCACAGUUGUCUCCACACCAUUACUGAGAACCUCUCAUUCCAAUUCCCUGAUUUCAGAAUGUACUGAUAGUGAAGCAGAAACAGUCAUGCAGUUGCGAAAUGAGCUAAGAGACAAAGAGAUGAAGCUGACUGAUAUCCGUCUGGAGGCCCUAAGCUCCGCCCACCAACUCGACCAACUUCGGGAGGCCAUGAAUAGGAUGCAGAGCGAGAUUGAGAAACUGAAAGCAGAAAAUGACCGCCUGAAAUCUGAAAACCAAGGCAGCUGCAGCAGGGCCCAGUCUCAGGUUUCUAUUUCAUCCUCUCCACGGCAGUCUAUGGGCCUUUCACAGCACAGCCUAAACCUCACAGAGUCAGCUAGUCUUGACAUGCUGCUAGAUGACCCCGGUGAUGGUUCUUCUCGGAAAGAAGGGGGCAGGCGUGUUAAAAUAGUCAUCAGCUUUCAGGAUGAAGUGAAAUGGAAAGAGGAUUCUAGGCCUCGUCUCUUCCUCAUUGGCUGUAUUGGAGUCAGUGGAAAGACCAAAUGGGAUGUGCUAGAUGGUGUUGUUCGAAGGCUGUUCAAAGAAUACAUAAUUCAUGUAGAUCCUGUGAGUCAACUAGGGUUAAAUUCAGACAGCGUCGUGGGCUACAGCAUCGGCGAAAUCGUACGCACGAAUAGCGCAGAGACACCUGAACUGCUGCCGUGUGGGUACUUGGUUGGCGAAAACAAUACCAUCUCAGUCACUAUCAAAGGCAUUGCAGAGAACAGUUUGGACAGUCUGGUAUUUGAGUCUCUCAUUCCAAGGCCUAUACUGCAGCGCUAUGUGUCGCUCUUGAUGGAACAUAGGAGAAUCAUCUUAUCUGGUCCAAGUGGCACAGGAAAAACAUAUUUGGCCAAUCGACUAUCAGAAUAUAUGGUGCUUAGAGAGGGCAGAGAGCUGGCCGAUGGUGCUAUUGCAACGUUUAAUGUGGAUCAUAAGUCCAGUAAGGAACUUCGCCAGUAUCUUUCCAACCUUGCUGAUCAAUGCAACAGUGAGACUAAUGCUGUGGAGAUGCCACUUGUUAUCAUACUGGACAACUUGCAUCAUGUCAGCUCCUUGGGAGAGAUCUUCAAUGGGCUCUUGAACUGCAAGUACCAUAAAUGUCCUUACAUCAUAGGAACAAUGAACCAGGCAACUUCCUCAACGCCUAACCUUCAGCUGCACCACAACUUCAGAUGGGUGCUGUGUGCCAACCACACUGAGCCAGUAAAAGGUUUUCUUGGCCGUUUCUUGAGAAGAAAACUUGUUGAAACAGAAAUCGGUGGCAGAAUGAGAAAUGCAGAACUGGUUAAAAUCAUAGAAUGGAUUCCUAAAGUCUGGCAACAUCUCAACAAGUUCUUAGAGGCUCACAGUUCUUCAGAUGUUACAAUUGGUCCACGACUCUUCCUCUCUUGCCCAAUAGAUGUAGAUGGUUCCAGAGUUUGGUUUACAGACCUGUGGAACUAUUCCAUUGUUCCCUAUCUUCUUGAGGCUGUCAGAGAAGGACUACAGUUGUAUGGAAGAAGAGCACCUUGGGAGGACCCUGCAAAAUGGGUAAUGGACACUUAUCCAUGGGCAGCUACCCCACAACACCAUGAAUGGCCUCCUUUGCUGCAACUGCGGCCAGAAGACGUUGGAUUUGAUGGGUACUCCAUGCCACGGGAAGGUUCAACCAGCAAGCAAGUUCCACCCAGUGAUGCUGAAGGAGAUCCUCUGAUGAACAUGCUGAUGCGAUUGCAAGAGGCAGCCAACUACUCGAGCCCCCAGAGCUACGACAGUGACUCCAACAGCAAUAGCCAUCACGAUGACAUCCUUGACUCAUCCCUGGAAUCAACAUUGUGAUACAAGCCCAGCAGAAAUGAUUGCUUCCAGCCUUGCUUAGAAAAUCCAAUUGCCAACUCAUGAGGGAUAAAUGGUCUUUUGUCCAGAUGGACAUCUCAGUAUUAAAGCUGCAAGAACAAUACAAACUUAUUCCACCCACACCCCACAUACCCCAGUCAGAUUCAUGUAUGGGUGCAGGCAACCCAGUUGAUGUUUUUGUAUUGUGCUUUUGUUGUUAUUAUUAUUAUUAUUAUUUUCCUUUCUUGAUAAUAAGAACUGCACUACUUUAUUUUUGUUCUUUUGAUGUUGCUGUGAGCUCACAUGCCUAAGACACUGAAUACAUGUAUUUUUUCGUACAAACAAUAUUAGUCCUAGUAAUUUGGGGGUGAGGGGAAAAGAAAGGAAAACGCUUGCCUUCAGAGCAAAAAACAAAAUAGCAUUUGUGCCAUGUACUGUUGAGAAAGGAAGGAAAGGGGGUGGAUCUUGCCUAUGCUGCUUCUGACCAAACUCAUUCAGCCAUGGCUGAAUUUUUUGUAAGCCAUCUUUGCAGGCCAACCUUAGCUACAGAUAGUACUGGUGCUAUAACAGAACUGCUUGCCUUGGUAAUAAAGUUACAUAGAAGGCAAAGAACUGCAAUGCAGGGAAAUUAGAAAUAUUCAGAUAUGUUCUUCUUGCAACCUUUGGAUCCUGUCUAUACUUCAGAGAUUUAUUUUAUUUGUUAGACACCCAGCCCCUUUUCAA